AUGGACAGAAUCAACCAGUCCAGUGUCACUGAAUUCCUCCUCUUGGGUCUUUCUGAGAGGCCAGAGCAGCAGCCUCUCCUAUUUGCUAUCUUUGUGGGCAUGUACCUGGUCACUGUCAUGGGGAACCUGCUCAUCAUCCUGGCCAUUGGCUUUGACCCACACCUCCACACGCCCAUGUACUUCUUCCUGGCCAACCUCUCUUUUGCUGAUGCCUGCUUUUCUUCCACCACCGUCCCCAAGAUGCUGGUGAACAUCCAGAGACAAAGUCAGACCAUCCCAUAUGGAGGGUGUUUGGCCCAGAUGUACUUCUUCAUGACAUUUGGAGCAUUAGAUGACUUCCUCUUGGGGGUGAUGGCCUAUGACCGCUAUGUGGCCAUCUGCAGGCCUCUUCACUACUCCACGCUCAUGAGGCCCCUGGUGUGCAUGCUCCUUCUGGUGGCAUGCUGGCUUCUCACCAACCUUGCUGCUCUCCUGCACACUCUGCUUAUGGCUAGGCUUUCUUUCUGUGCAGGCAACAGCAUCCAUCACUUCUUCUGUGAUGUGGUCCCUCUGCUGCAACUGUCUUGCUCAGACACCAGCACCAACCAGGUAGCCCUAUUCACUGUGAGCUGCAUGAUCCUCACUGGUCCUCUCUCUCUGAUCAUUUUGUCAUAUGCACACAUCAUCUCCACCAUCCUCAGGGUUCCAUCUGCCAGAGGGAUCUUCAAAGCCAUGUCCACAUGUGGCUCCCACCUCUCUGUGGUAUCUUUGUAUUAUGGGACAAUUAUUGGGCUUUAUUUUUUCCCCUCAUCCAGCAGUUCCAGUGAAAAGAACAUAAUUGCCUCUGUGAUGUACACAGUGGUCACUCCAUUGCUUAACCCUUUCAUUUAUAGCCUAAGGAACAGAGACAUGAAGGGGGCCCUGGAGAAACUCUUCAACAGGGCAACAGUCUUAUGUCAGUGA